AAAGCUCGAUCAAGCACACAUUUAUCGGCUCUGCUCCCCUCAGGCAAAUCAAAUUCCAACCCCCAUCAAGAAGAAUUGGUCAGUGUCCAAAAAAGAAAAAAAAAAAAAAGGCUUAUUAUCUCACGCAUUUUCAAUUUCCGAUGAAUUUGCAAUGCAAUUAACACUCGGAUUUGAUCCCAGAGAUCUGAAUAAUCAAAUUGUAAUAAUAAUAACACGGUGAUGUUAGCUUCCCACACGCUCGGAGGACCGUCGCGGUGCGGCCGUGUGCUAGGCCCACCGCUCGACAAGAUCAUAAAAAAUGCCGCAUGGCGAAAACACACGCACCUCGUUUCCUCAUGCAAAUCCGCUCUCGACAAGCUCGAGACCCUCUCCGACACCGGCUUGUCCGAUCCGAUUUCACCGCUGCUCGGCAUUUCAUCUUCCGAUGCCAACUUCGUCCUUAACCCGAUCCUUCUCGCCUUGGAAACCAAUUACGUCAAAGUUGCCGAGCCCGCCCUCGAAUGCACCUUCAAAUUAUUCUCCCUCGGCGUCGCUCGUGGCGAGAUCCAUGGCAACGUUUCCAAUCCGAUCCUCUACAAAAUCGUCGAAGCCGUUUGCAAAGUCGGCGGCAUCGGCGAGGAAUCGCUCGAGCUUGCCGUGCUGCGAGUUUUGCUCUCCGCCAUCCGAUGUCCUUGCGUUUUGAUCCGUGGUGAUUGCUUGCUCAACGUCGUUAGAACUUGUUAUAACGUAUAUUUACGCGGUUUGAAUGGAACCAAUCAGAUCUGUGCUAAGUCCGUUUUGGCGCAGAUUAUGCUAAUUGUAUUCACCCGAGCCGAAGAAGAUUCCAUUGAUGUUUCUAUCAAAACAGUGUCGGUUAGUGAGCUUUUAGAGUUUAGUGAUAAGAAUUUAAAUGAAGGAAGUUCAAUUUAUCAUUGUCAGAAUUUUGUUAGCGAGGUUAUGAGUGCCAGUGAAGGGGUUCCAGAUUUGAAGCUAUCGCAGCCGAAUAAGGAUCAGGAGCUGCAAAAUGUUGAUUUGAAGACGUCGAAAUGGGAGGAGGAGGAAAUUGGGGAGUUAGAGGCGAAGGAAGGGGGGGCGGAAUCGGGUUCCGGUGGGGUUAGUAAAAUUAGGGAGGACGGCUUUCUUGUUUUUAAGAAUUUGUGUAAGUUGUCAAUGAAGUUUUCAUCACAGGAGAAUGAUGAUCAGAUCCUUUUGAGAGGGAAAACGCUGUCUUUGGAGCUCCUCAAGGCUGUUAUGGAUAAUGGGGGUUCCAUUUGGCGCUCGAAUGUUAGGUUUCUUAACGUAAUUAAGCAGUAUCUCUGCUUAUCAUUGUUAAAAAACAGUGCAUUGUCAGUGAUGUCAAUUUUCCAGCUCCAAAGUUGUAUUUUUAUGAGCCUGCUAACGAAAUAUAGAACAGGGUUGAAAGAUGAAAUUGGAAUAUUCUUUCCCAUGCUUAUCCUCCGAGUUCUAGAGAAUGUUUUACAGCCAAGUUUUGUACAGAAAAUGACAGUCCUUAAUCUGUUGGAAAAGAUUGCUGCGGAUUCACAGAUUAUCAUUGAUAUAUUCGUGAAUUAUGACUGCGAUGUGGAUUCACCAAACAUAUUUGAAAGGAUUGUCAACGGCCUUCUCAGAACAGCUCUAGGACCGCCACCUGCUUCAGCAACUACUUUGUCUGCAGUCCAGGAUAUAACUUUCCGGCAUGAAUCAGUAAAUUGCUUGGUUAGCAUCAUUAAGUCAAUGGGAGCUUGGAUGGACCAAAAGCUGACAAUAGGUGAUUCUGACUUGCGUAAGAGCUUCAAGAGUGACACUGCAGCAGAGGGCCAUUCAACUUUGACUGCAGAAGAUGGAACAGUCUCUGAUUGUGAGUUGCAACCAGAAAUGAAUUCUGAAUUGUCAAAUGCUGCUACACUUGAGCAACGGCGGGCUUACAAGAUUGAACUUCAGAAAGGUGUUUCGUUGUUUAAUAGGAAGCCAUCCAAAGGCAUUGAGUUUCUUAUAAAUACCAAAAAGGUUGGCAACUCUCCAGAGGAAGUGGCUGCUUUUCUGAAGAGUAACACUACUGGGUUGAAUGAAGCCAUGAUUGGUGAUUAUUUGGGUGAAAGGGAGGAUUUUGCUUUGAAAGUCAUGCACGCUUAUGUGGAUUCCUUUGAUUUCAAAUCUAUGGAUUUUGGUGAAGCGAUAAGGUUCUUCCUACAAGGCUUCAGGUUACCAGGAGAAGCACAGAAAAUUGACCGCAUCAUGGAAAAGUUUGCUGAGCGCUAUUGUAAAUGUAAUCCUAACUCAUUUACCAGUGCAGAUACUGCCUAUGUACUGGCAUACUCUGUCAUAAUGCUCAACACUGAUGCCCAUAAUAGCAUGGUCAAAGAUAAGAUGAACAAGUCUGAUUUCAUUCGAAACAACCGAGGAAUAGAUGAUGGCAAAGAUUUACCCGAGGAGUAUCUUGGUGCUCUUUAUGAUCAAAUUGUGAAUAAUGAAAUCAAGAUGAAUGCAGAUUCUUCUGCUCCUCAAAGCAUGCAGGCGAACAGCUUAAAUAAGCUAUUGGGUUUGGAUGGUAUACUCAAUUUGGUGACUUGGAAGCAAACAGAAGAAAAGGCAUUGGGUGCAAAUGGUCUUCUUAUAAGACAAAUCCAAGAGCAGUUUAAGGCAAAGUCGGGAAAAUUAGAGUCUGUUUAUCAUUCUGUUUCAGAUGUAGCAAUCUUGAGGUUUAUGGUGGAGGUUUGCUGGGGACCUAUGCUGGCUGCAUACAGUGUCACUCUUGACCAGAGUGAUGAUAGAAUUGCUACCACUCAAUGCUUACAGGGCUUUCGACAUGCUGUGCAUGUAACUGCCGUAAUGGGAAUGCAGACGCAGAGAGAUGCUUUUGUCACAUCAACGGCAAAGUUCACUUUUCUCCAUUGUGCUGCAGACAUGAAACAAAAGAAUGUUGAUGCUGUAAAAGCAAUAAUAUCUAUUGCCAUUGAAGAUGGUAACCAUCUUCAAGACUCCUGGGAGCAUAUAUUGACAUGCCUGUCCAGAAUUGAGCAUUUGCAACUGUUGGGAGAAGGUUCAUCAACCGACACAUCCAUUUUAUCCGUGCCUAAUACUGAAAUAGAUGAAAAGGUGCCAAAACCUUCUGGUAUUCAAUCCCUGAAGAAAAAGGGAUCACUCCAGAAUCCAGCUGUAAUGGCAGUUGUGCGAGGAGGGUCAUAUGACAGUGCCGCUGUUGGAGCAAAUAGUUCAGGACUGGUAACCCCAGAGCAGAUUAAUCAAUUCAUUGCAAACUUGAAUUUAUUGGAACAGAUAGGAAGUUCCGAGUUGAACCAUGUUUUUGUACAUAGCCAAAGAUUAAACAGUGAAGCAAUAGUGGCUUUUGUGAAGGCCCUUUGCAAGGUUUCUAUAGCGGAGUUGCAGUCUCCAACAGACCCUCGAGUUUUUAGCCUCACAAAACUCGUUGAAAUUGCGCACUACAAUAUGAACCGCAUCAGAUUAGUUUGGUUUCGCAUAUGGAAUGUUCUCUCUGAUUUCUUUGUUUCUGUUGGACUGUCCGAGAAUUUAUCCGUGGCAAUCUUUGUGAUGGAUUCGUUGAGGCAGCUUGCUAUGAAAUUCUUAGAACGUGAGGAGCUGGCAAACUACAAUUUCCAGAAUGAAUUUUUGAGACCAUUUGUGAUUGUAAUGCAAAAAAGCAACUCCAUAGAAAUAAGGGAAUUAAUAGUUCGAUACGUUUCUCAGAUGGUCCUCAGCCGCGUCAGUAAUGUGAAAUCUGGAUGGAAAAGUGUCUUUAUGGUGUUUACAGCUGCUGCUGUGGAUGAGCGGAAGAAUAUUGUCCUGCUAGCUUUUGGGACCAUGGAAAAAAUAGUUAGAGAGUACUUUCCUCAUAUCAGUGAGACAGACGCUUCUACUUUUAGUGAUUGUGUACGAUGCCUCAUCAAGUUCACAAAUAGCAAGUUUGACAGUGAUAUUAGCCUUAAUGCUAUUGGAUUUCUCCGGUUUUGUGCUAUCAAACUUGCUGAGGGAGGUCUUGUUUGCGCUGAUAAGAGCCCAGAUGAUGGUUCAUCUGUUUCAGCUGUAACUAAGAAUGAUAGAGAUCUACAAAGUUUCGCUGAUAGUGAUGAUCAUGCAUCCUAUUGGGUUCCCUUGCUAGCAGGUUUAUCAGAACUAACAUCCGACUCGAAGUUAGCCAUCCGAAAGAGUUCGACGGAAGUGCUUUUCAACGUCCUGAAUGAUCAUGGUCAUCUUUUCUCACGAGCAUUCUGGAUUGGUGUUUUUAGCUCUGUUGUUCUCCCCUUAUUUAAUGGUGCAUCUCCUGUAAAACAGGAUUCACCAACAUCGAAAUCUACUCGUCCUGAUGGAAGCACUUGGGAUCCUGAAAUUUCUGCCGCCGCAGUGCAGUCUCUUGUAGAUCUUGUUAUAAGGUUUUUCAAUGUAUUGAGACCUCAACUACCAAAUGUCGUAUCCAUACUGGCAGGAUACUUAAAAAGUACAAAACAGGGUCCUGCAAGCACUGGAGUUUCGGCAACAUAUCGUUUGACAGGAGAGUUAGGAAGCAGAUUUUCAAAAGACGAAUGGCAAGAAAUCCUUCUAGCUAUAAAAGAAGCUGCCACUUCAACAUUGCCUGGGUUUAUGAAGAUUUUGAGAAGCAUGGAUGACAUCAAGGUGCCUGAGAAUUCUCGAUCCUCUACUAAUACUGAAACAAGCUCUGAUCAUGGACUGACCAAGGAUGACCUUGAGGAAGAUAAUCUGCAAACUUCAGCUUAUGUGGUUUCGAAAAUGAAGAGUUUUAUCGCGGUCCAGCUACUGAUUAUGCAGGUUAUAACUGAUAUAUACAAAGCGAACCUACAAUUCUUGGUAGCUUCCAACAUAAAUAUCAUUGUCGAGAUAUUUUCUUCCACUACAUCACAUGCUCAGCAACUGAACUCCGAGACUGUCCUGCAAAAGAAAAUAAAGAAAGUAUGCUCGAUCUUGGAGACCUCCGAACCGCCCAUGGUUCACUUCGAGAACGAGGCUUAUCAAAAUUACCUCAACUUCCUCCAAGAUUUAAUCAAAAACAAUUCAUCCGCCCCAAAGGAGAUGAACCUAAGAUCACUAGUGGCAGUGUGUGAAAAAAUAUUGCUGAUAUACCUUAGCUGCACCGAUUACAACUACGCACGGCAGCAGAAACCGGUUGAGAUACCGGUGACUCAUUGGAUUCUCCCAUUGGGAAUAGCCAAAAAGGAAAAAAUGGCAGCUAGGACUCCUCUACUUGUGUCUGCAUUGAAGGCAUUGAGUUGCUUGGAGAAGGAUUCCUGCAGAAAGUACGUUGCAGAUAUCUUUCAUCUGUUGGUCGAUCUGGUUCGAAGCGAUCAUAGCUCGAAUGAAGUUCAACAUGCUCUAAGCAACAUAUUCCGGGCAUGUAUAGGUCCCAUAAUAAUGCCAUAACUUCAUUAUGUUACAUAAUAUUACAUACUUAUUUUAAGCCAUCAUCACAAUUUUGAUCAUUAUAUAUAGAUUUUGGCUUUGAUGAGAA